UGCCUUCACACAAAACGAGGAUUUCUUUGUCGGAGUUGAACCGAACAGUUGCAGGGAUGGAUUUGGAAGUGGUAGAUUACAGAGGCUUUCCACACAUGAGUGAAGUUUCUUUUUGAAGACGCUAGUCUGAGUGUCACAACAAAGGCAAGGAAAGAGUAGUAGCUUACGAGACACUUGAUGCAGUAGCAGCAGCCCAUCACCUCCUCCUCCUCCUCUUCUGUCUUUCCCCCCCAAAGCAAAGAGAGACCCACCUCGCCAUUUGACACUGUGGGUUUGUUUCUAUCGCCUCUGUGCACAGUGACCACGAUCACGAGGAAGAGGAGGAGGCGGUGGAGGAGGAGCAUCGCAUCUCUUGCUCACAGGGAGCACAUCGGUUAUUAUUUUGCCGUUUCCCUUGCCUCGUGCACUAUCGCCCUUCUUGUUCCAUCCUAUUGCAACGUCAGUUCAUUGAAGCCUUGACGAAUUUGACCGACAGAAGCAGUGAAGAGCCUUACGCGGAGCUUUAACAAGAACAGGGGUGGGAGUGCAUGUAGGGUGAAUUUCAGCUUGCGGAGCCUCCGCAUCUACGGACAAUGCGAGGAGACCCGUAAAUGUUUUUUUGUAACGACGGCCGGGCGGGAAAACUUUCUCGGCAAGGUGGAUAGUUAAGGAACUUGUGGAGAUCAAAUGGAGGGAAUUGAUGAGGGAGAAGAAGCUCACAAUAUGCAAGGAGAAUCCCCUGAGGUCACUAAGGUGGGCCAUACACGGGAGGCCAUGGAAGUGGAGGUUAUAGAAGGUGUAGAAUUUUUAGGCAAUACUCAUGAGCAGGAGGAGGAUCUCCCAUCCAUUGAAGGCCGUAGCAACGUAAACACCAAUGAGUUGGAUGCCUUUGAGAAAGAAAGAGGGGAGCCUUUGGAUCCAAGUAUUGUUUCGAAAAAUGGAGAAGGUCCACAAGAUAUUGCUCAUGUGGAUCAUCGUAAGAAUGGAUUAGUUGACUUGAAUGAGGAGACCAGCGAAAUAGAUGUAUAUCUUAUGGUACCAGCUGGCGAUGCGUUAAUGACAGAACAGGAUGAAGCACUUUUGGGAGGAGAUACGGAAAUGAUCGAAGAUGCUAGUGAGGACACUGUCGCGUUGCAGCGAACUAAACCUAUGGACAAUCAUUCUGUGACCUCUGGUGGAGCUGCACAUGGUCAUAUAGUAGAGGAUUUGAAUGGGUCUAGAGGGAGAGAUAUGGAAGCUCAUGGUCAGCAUCAGCUGGCAGAAAAUGUUGCAGGACAUGUGGCAGUGAAUUUGUCAGCAGUUUCAGAUGGUGGAUCUGGUGGAGACGCUUCUUUGGAAGUUCUUGUCGCAAGUUACAAUGCAUGCUCAGAUCAUGGCGGGGCUCUCGUUAACAGAGAUGUGGAUAAUCAACAAAUGGAAGCUUCAGAGCUUGUGGACAAUGAGAGGAAGGAAUGUUCCUCGGUUCUGAGUAAGGAGAAUGAUAGCGAGAGUGGCAGGGAAUCAUCUGGUAACUUGAAAGACAGCUCCAGCUCUAAAGUGGAUCUUUUGCCAUCUUCUGACUCUCGAGCAGUGUUUAGUGAUGCGAGUCUGGCUCAAAUGCAAGCUCAGAUUCUUGUGAUGGGAAUCUUAAGGAAGGGAAAUAAUCCAAGCAACGAUCUCCUGGAGUCCGCAUGCCCUCAAAGCUAUGAAGGUGUCGGGGAUCCACCACCUUCAAAGAAGAGAAAGCCUUCUGGUACGGAGGCGUUACCGCGAGAGGCCAGCAAAGAGCCCUCUGGCCAUGCUGGGAUUGCGACUAAUCUGAUGACGUCCGUGAAGGAGAAUCUGAACUUAUCUGAGGAUCCUUUGCUUCUCGAGGAUGAAACUUACAGACAACUUCGUUUAGCGCAGAGAAGUGCUCAUGAUGCAAUGUCAACUGCCGCUUCAGCCCUUGCUCAAAGCCACAUAGCUUGGUCUCAGAUCCGAACAGGGGAUCACUCAGAGAUAGAAAUUGCUAGGGAAGCUCAGAUAGCCUCUGUAGCUGCCACUGUUGCGGCUGCUACUUCAGUUGCGAAGGCUGCUGUGGAGGCUGCAAAAGCCAUUGCCAAUGUGUCCAUGAAAGAUUUUUGGCGAGGUGGAGAUCAGAAUGGAAAAUCCGCUUUUCCUCUGAGCAAGGAAAACAAAAAAUCUAAACCAGAUAGGAGUCAAAAGUCUCAAAUGCUGGCCUCCGAAGCCGCAGGAAUGGCCUCUGAAGAUGUUACACAAACCGGGACUGUUCUGGCUUUGGCUUCUGGCAAGGCAUCUGGAGGCAGUAAAACGAAGCGAAAAGUUUUACCCAAAGCGAAGAAUAGAAAGAAAUCUAGGGCGGGGGGUCGAGCCCAGCGUCCUUUGACACAGAGGGAUAACGGUCAGCCGGAAGCGCUGACCAAGGAAAAUGUACCGCACGAGGAUUUAAUGGAUGCUGGAGUUGGUGUGGAUAUUGAUGAAAAUUCUAAGAGUUUUGCAGAAGGCACAGCAGUUGAGGUGAUGACUGAUGAGGAAGGACUGCGAGGUGGUUGGUUUUCUGGAAAAGUUUUAAGGAUAGAUAAAGUACAAGCAUACGUAGUUUAUGAUGAAAUUCUUGAUGACGAUGGUUCUGGAAAAGUAAAAGAAUGGUUUCCUUUGAAGGCCAGUGGACCACCUUCAGGUUCACGGAGACAAGUGCGUCCUUUACAUCCGUACAGUUCUAUUAGAGAAGCAAAAUCUAACAAGCGGCAGCGCAUAGCUUCAGGAACUCGGACUUGGGCAGUCGGUGAAUGUGUUGACGCAUAUAUUGAGGAUGGAUGGUGGGAAGGGAAUAUUAUUGAGCUAAACGAUCUUGAUGAGGCCAAGGUCACCGUCUAUUUUCCGGGGGAGGAUGACACACAAACUGUGAAGACAUGGAACUUGAGGCCGUCAUUGCAAUGGGACGAUGGAGUGUGGGUGCCCUCGGCGGAUUCCACCAUCACCCAUGUGAAGACGGGAGGUACAAGUAGCAAGUUAAAGAGGAACAAGCCAGUCAAGGAUGAUGCUCGGGAGUUAAGUGCAGAAUUUAUAAUGAAGGAUAAAGAUCUCGAUAAGGAAGUUGCUGAACCUACUCUUCUCUCAUCCACACGUAGGAGGAAAGCCCCAGAGGCAAGUGAUAAAGCUUCAAACGGGAAGAAAAGCUCUUGGAACGUUGAAGAUCCCAGCAAUGAGGUUGAUGGAUCCACUCUUCCUGAAUUUACUUGGAAAUCUCCCGAUCGUAAGGAAAAGGCGAGAGUGGGAGCGGCCAUAGCCUCUAGCCAGAUGAAGUCCAGAAAUAAGGCAUUUGGCGGCAGAAUAGCAAGCGGCAAGGAUACGAAGGCUCAUGUCAAAACAGAAGAUAAGGACGCUAGUACUGUUGCAUCACCAAAGAAACUAGACCUUGAUGUGGACCAAGGUUUAACGAAAGCCGUAAACAGAAAAGAAACACCAAAAGUUUCGAUGACAAGGACUAGAGGAAAACUCAAAGAUAAAAAGCAGCAAAAGAAAAGACCAAAAAGGAGAUGAUCGAUUUUUAUGGUUGGCAUGAUUUUCGUUUUAUCUGUCUUAGAUAAUUGGUGCUCGUGUAUUCUUUAUUAUAUCUGCAGUGGGCUAUUAGGAAGUCUUGAUUUAGUUCUCAUCUAUUUGCAAAGUACAAUAGAAAAGCACUUCUGGAUAUACAUCUUUCCACCCGUAUAAAUACUAAUGCUUCUCUAUUGUACUUUGUAGAGGUUUUAAAAUUUUAUCUAGAAUCUGUGGAGACUAGGAGUCGUAUAAUUAGAGAAAAGGUCUGUAUCAAUUUGCUGAUUAUGCAGUGCUGUACAGAAAACGUGAAGUACCUCAACUUGGAACAACUCAAGCUGAGAAAGUCAGGGUGUUGGGUAUCCAAUUAAAGGAUCGAAUACUGAAGUCAUGUACCUUAUGCUCAAGCUAAGGUGAUGGUGGUUGUGGUUUGUACUUAGGUAUGAUGAAUCCAGCAUCAACGGUGGGCCUGGCCCCGACAAGAUAUCUGUAAUGCAUCACCUCCCCUAGCAUUGCUUGUUUUUGUAGGCAGCCUAGAUAGUAGGCAACCAUAGUUUUGGUUGGAUGCAGGGUUCUCAUCUCUGCUUCUAAAGCUUCAGUAUUUUUUUUUGUUAAAGACAUCUGGUAAUGGUCACCCACGUUUAUUGAAGAAUAACUUGGUUUCUCUGAUCAGGAAGACAGAUUGAAAAUUUAUCUCAGUCAAGAAAGGCAUCACACUAUAUAUGUGGUGGGGCAUGUUAUGAGUACAAUCACUGUGGAAAUUCACAUCUGAGAUAAAGCAAACAAUAUAGAGAUGAACAAGAGUUAUGAAAAUGGCUGUUCAAACCUGCAAGGGGGGCAGAACUUAUGGCAAAAAUUAGCAGUCCAAGGAAUUUGGUGUUGUGGUGGAAUGAGUUGGAAGCAAACAUCAAAAAUGUAUAUAACACAGUUUUUUUCAGUAGAUAUGUCACAAAAUGAUAUAAGAAUUUUA